AGUGUGUUUGCUAAUGUCUCCUGAUCGCUACAGCUGACUCUAGGACACCUUAUAGUCUUUUACGUUAUUGAAUUUCACGAAUUUAAUGUAUAUCAUUAUUGCUGUCAUUUUAACAUCAAGUCAACAGUCUGGAUGAUAAUCAUAUUAGAAAACUUUUUGAAUGAUGAUAACAAUCGUGUAAAUAAUUAUGAAAGUGGGAUAUUGAGUGAAGUUAAAUUAUUUUCAAAGUUCAAAUUUCUUUGGAUAGCCUGUUCUAGGUCAUAUAGUAAAUCCUAUCAUCAUGUAUAUUUUUUUGAUGGAUCAAGGUCGCCUUGUCUCACUAGAUGACAACUUAUUAUCUCAAACGGUUUCAAGUCUACGCAAUGUUUUGGCUCAUGAUUUUGACCUACCAUUGAAUAAACAAAUUCUUUUAGUAUCAGGUGGUUUUCAAUUGGAACCAGGUGAUAAACUGUCAACUUAUGGUGCGGGUUUGGAUAAAACUAAUCCAAUUUAUGUGUUUACGCAAACAUUUUCAAAUGAUACAACUGUUCAAAAACCAGAUGUCUUGCAAGUCAAUGAUGGAGGGUAUCCACGACAACUUGCCAGUCUGUUGGAGUUAGCUCCAUCUGAAAAGGUAUUUGAAGAGCGACUACGUCUUAUUCGUUCACUUACUCCGAUUGGUCGUGAAGCUGCCAAUGCAAUUGAACAAUUGGUUUCUGAACAACGUCAAAUGAUACAGGGAUGGUGUGUUGCAUUAGCUAAUUUAGCCGAAGUAGCGGCAGAUACAAAUAAACGUUUGUUGUUUGCAACAAGUCGAUUAGUUCAAUUUGAAGGAUGUGUAUCAGAUUGGGAACGAAAAUUGUACAACUUCAACGAAUUAAAAAAGGAAUUAUCAGAAUUGCCGUUACCACCGCAGUUGGUAGCUGGAACUAGUGAAAUCCUUGAUCAGAAAGAAUCGUUCAUUUUUAACAAUAUUCCUAAACCAACAAAUUUAUACGAAUGGGUUUGUUUACAAUCUGCUAUAUCUAGCGUCGGGACGCGUUAUUCCUUACCAUCGUCAACAAUUAAAGCUGUUGGUUUACAAACGAUUGCGUUGUAUCUUGGUCGACAUGUCGGUGUUGGUAGUGGUAGUACUGGACGUGUUCGUACAACAAGUACUGGUCAUAUUGGUGUCGUCAGUGGUGCUAAUGAUGGUAUUAUGUCAAAUAAUUCAGGAUCCACUUGUAUUGGAUCAAAUCAACCUACUGGAGUUUCUUUUUAUACUGGUGGUUCUCAAACCAGCUUAAAUAGUUUAGGCUCUACAAAUUCAACAAAUUCCUCAGAUAUACGUUACAUCAUGGAUCAUCAUCAAUAUUCCAUCACCAAAGAUGGUAGCGAUACAAAUGUACAGGAUCCUUCUUCCUCAGCAUCUGAUUGUUAUGAGUCAGCGUUUUUAGAUAUAAUUAAACGUGCAUUACAUGAUAUACAUUCGUUACGAUUUGGUCCAGAUUCACCAUUCAAUUUUAAUGCUAAACCACCGGAUAAUUUCAGUAGUGAAUUAGUUUAUGUUAGAGCACAAACAAAUCGCUUAUAUGAACUGAUUACAAUGGUUACUAAUUGUUCAAAAUCAAAUUAUGAUGAAAUGACUACUUCUACUAUGUCUCAUCCUUCGACGAAAUCAUCAUCCAACAUUACUACUACUAAUCUUGUGACUGGACUGAAUACUGCAAUGUCUAGUUCGAAAGAUAUUUCUAUUGAUUCAAUGAACAAUGGUAUUACAUCAAAUGAUUGCAAUGGAGCAGUGAAUAAAAGAGAAAUCCCACGGCGCACAUCAUCGUCAACAUAUUCGUCAACUUUAUUCCCAUCGAAAUUGCCAUAUAAUGAUGGUGUAGAUGAUAUACACUUGAUCAGUGUACGUGAUGCGUUAGAUCCAGGUUAUUUCAGUCAACGUCUUUCACAACUUGACCCUUUAUUGUGUGAAGCUGUAGAUCUAGCCAGAAAAAUGAUUGGAAUCGAACAGAAUUCUAUAAAAACUUUUCAACAGAUAAUUCAACAGAAAGUUAAUUCAUUAUUACAGACGAAAUUUAUAGAAAAUACACAAAAUUCACAAGAAUUAAUUAUUGCAUUCAAUCGUCUUUGUGAAAUUCUCGGUAUUGUUAUGGAGAGUAAACUGUUACUGGCUAAUAAUUUGUUUGAUCGUCAACGUUGGCUACAAAACUUCCAAUCAGAAUUAAAUCGUCUCGAUGCAAUUAUUCAACGUUGUCUUCGUCGUAUGUGUCGUGUCACUACAACUGGCACAUUAAUAUCUCAAUUAAAUGAAGCUGGUCCCACCUAUGCUCGCUGUUUAGCUGAAAUUGUUAGACGUACGGAAUUCGACGAUAUGCUUACUCAACGAUCUGUAUGUUAUCUUAAAGAGGAAACUAAUUUGAGAACUGAAGAAUGUCGUCGACGGCGUAUAUUUUCUAAACAUUUAAAAAAUAACGUUUUACAUUCACUCUUUUCACCAUGGACUAAUUCAAAAGCGGAAUGUCUCGGGCUUACCAAUAUACCAGGAACAAUUUCUAUGUCACAAGAUGUAGUUGAACAGCAAAUGUGUGAAACAUCUACUACCACCACCAUUACUACUACUACUACCACUAUGACUACUACUACAUCUAAUCAAAAAGUCGAUUCACUUUCACAUAGUCCUCAAACAAAUGCAGCAGAAUUCACAGUGAAUCGACGAUAUGCCUUAUCUUCUUUAUCUGAACCACGUUUAAAUGAAUUAGCCAAAGCUUGUGCAUUGAAUCGUGUACAACAUUCGCGUGUUCGUUCAACUCGAUUAAAUUCACUCAGUUCACCAGAUCCUCAGUUGACUAAAGUUAAAGAAGAUGAAGUGGUUGAAUCAGAUCAAAGUAAAAAACGUUCAAAUUACAAUUGUCCUAUACAACACCAACCAGUUCUGUUACGUCCACCACAUACUAAAGUAAUGCUUGAUGCUAAUCGUCGUGCUUCAAUGCCAUUUGAUGAAUCUGAUCGAGGUGAAUUAUCCAGUCUAUCAAAUUGGUCAGUUGAUUCGUCAUCAUUAUUAGGUAUAUUAUCGAAUAAUUUCUAUCAAACUGAUCAUCAUAAUCUAUCGAAUAUAACACAAUCAGUUAAAAUUACUCGUGAUGAUUUAGAAAGGUUAAUGCAAUCUAUGCCUACUAAUAUAUCUAAUUUAUUAAGGAUGGAAUUGAAUAAAUCGUUUUCACUAUUUAAAAAUACUUCUUUUCUACCUAAUUCAUCAUUGACCAAUCCGAGUGGGAGUGUUUCUUUAGAUCAAACAUCCAAUAUUGCUAACAGUACCGGUUUUAUCUGUAGUAAUAGUAGUAGUCCAUUAUCAAAUUUAAAAUCAACUAUCAUGACGCCAACAACAACUGCCAAAACAUCCAUAUCUACAAUGAUAACUAGUACACAAAUUAAUAUGCCUGAAACAAAAUCUAUUACAACCUCUCCAUUUAGUAGUUUAGAGAAUAUAUCAACAAGAGAUUUUAUGAAUGUUGGUUGUCAAGCUGAAUUCGGUUUAAUUGGACCAAUUCUAAAUGUUGGAUCUGGUCGAAGCUUGAAUUCUAGCCUUGGAUUAUCUGUUGAUGAUUCAGUACGUCGUACUACAAUUCAUACAGUUAAUAAUAUUCAUACAGGCUGGGAAGAACUUCCAGGAAGUUUAUGUAGUUGGGAAUUAUGCCGUUUUCCACCUGUGGCAGUACGUUCAGGUGAUCGUAUGUCAAUUUCUUUGAAUACGUUACCACGUUUUGAACAUUUAGUGACUACUGGUACACAAACUGAAGAACAAUUGGAAUUUCCAGAAUCUCAUAAUACAUCUUAUUCUCCUGUUAAACCUAUAAGUACGGAAGAAUUAUGCUUACAAAAUAGUGCGGCACACAGAAAAAAUUCAACUACACAUGAGAAUGACGACAAUAUCGUUGAUUAUCAUCAUCCUCAAACACUUCAAACACCUACUACUACCACUAGUACUAUUGUUAAUCAACAUUCAUCUUCUUCAUCAUCAUCAUCAUCGUCACCGCCGUUUACAAUCCACAAUGAUGAAAUUAAUGAAGAUAAUAUUAUUAUAUCAUCAAUAUUUGCUGAAGAUAAUUUAUUCACUGACUCCGCUUUAAUGAUGACUUCAAGUUUUCACUCCACAAAAACAACUUUUUCCAAUAGUAUUAAUAAUAAUAAUAAUAAUACUGAUAUUAGUAAUAAUAAUACAUCUUCAUUACAAAUGCAUACACCUUUCAUGUCAAUGCAUAAUCAAAGUCGAUCAAUGUCUUCUAGUAAUUUAUGUGAUUUAACAAAUGCUACCGACAUUUGUGGUAGUGAAAGUACAGCAACACAAUAUGAUUCAAUGAUAUACGAUGAUGAUAUGAAAACUUCUCGUGAUGUUCUCCUUUUAAAAUCAUCAUCAUUACCGGAAGUAAAAUUACACAAGUUCAUUGAACAACAAAAUCAAAUUACAUCAUUUACAUUAUUAGAUCAUAAUUGUUUGAAAUGUCGUUUAAAACGUAUUCAUCAAGAAUAUUUUCAAUUACUUCAAGAUAGUUUAAAAUUAAUCAAUAAUAAUUGUCAUAAUCAUACUGAUCAUUAUCAAUUACAACGAAGUACUUCUGAAAUUGUAAUUGAUAAUAAUAAAUCAUCAACAACUGAAAUAAAACAAUCUAAAUCAAUUUCAUUAGAUGCAAUACAAUUAAAAUGUCUUUUCAAUGUGUUGGAAUCAUGUUCAUUAUUAUUUUUAAAAUCCAAACACAUAUCAUGUCAAUCAUCUCAUCCUGUUUGUACGGAACUAAGCACAACGACAUCAAAUGGUAAUGAUACUUGUUCAAAUGUUUCGCAACCAGAUUUAUCUACGACAUUCAGGCAAGAGACUAUUGACAGUUUAAUUGACAACGACUCAACAGUAAAAGAAUGUAUUAAUUGCAUUCAAUUGAGUGAUAAUACAACGAACGAUACAGCAGUACCCGAUGAAUUGGAUUUCGGGCAGUCGCUACAAUAUCUUAUGGAAACUUUACAGUUAAACAGUAAUAAUCCGGUUACCACGGUUUCCAUAUCUACAUCAACAUCACCGUUGUCAUCACAAGUAUUUCCAAUCAUCACUAGUAAUGAGUCGAUUUUAACACAGACAGAAAUAAUUCCAACCAUGGAUAUGGCUACAUCAAUAACAAUUCCCAAUAACAUGUUCACUAAAGGUUCUGAUCUUGAAGGUAGAACAUCGCCAAUCUGUGAAGUUUCAACGAAUCUAACUUCUUCAUUGAUGAGUGCUACUACUACUAAUACUACUACUAUUAAUAAUAAUUAUAAUUAUCCAUUGUCAACUAUUUCUCGUUCUACUUCGCCAAUAUUACAACAACUAAAUCACAACAAUGAACAGGCUUGCAAUCCUACAACUGGAUCUUCUUGCUUCACUAAUAUUUCAUCAAAAUUAACUAAUGAACGUUUUACUAGUUUUGUACAUGCUAACUUUUUGCCAGAUGAUAUUGUAAUAUUUGUUCCUGUUCCAGGAACUAGACCAAGUAUUUCAUCAUCAACAUUAAACACUUCUCCAACUGCAAUCACUACCUUCACUUCUGUCACAGCAACAACGACUUCUACUGCAAGCUGUAUUUCAUCACAAAAUUGCCAUAAUGCUGUAAAAGCAGAUGAUGGUACUGUUGCUACUACUACUACUACUACUACUACUACUACUAGUAGUAGUAGUAGUAGUAGUAGUAGUAGUAGUAGUAGUAGUAAUAGUAAUAAUAAUGUUCAUGAUUCAACAAUGAUAACUAAAUCUGACAUUUGGUCAAUGAAUAGUAAAUUCGCUUCGAAUCUCUUAGAUGCUAUUUCACCAUCAUCUAGUUUAUUAUCGUCAAUGAUUGUUCAAUCAUCGUUACCAUUUUCAUCAAUAUUUAUGGAUUCGUUAACAGGAGGAGGAAUUGUAUUAGGAAGUUCUGGUACUAGCACUACCGAUACUAUUACAUCUGCCACUACUACAAACACAAGUGACAGUAAUACCUUAAUGAAUAGUAGUAGUAUCUUAUCUACGCCUAAAAACAUUUGUGCUUUAAUCAACAGUAGUAGUGUUGACAGCAAUAGUACAUUAGCUAAUGAAUUAUGUACAAGUACAUUUGGCGGUAAUUAUGGUACACUUUUACCUUCAACUACUACUCCUACUACUAAAUCUGGUUGUAGUAGCACUAGUGUCAAUACUACUACUACAACAACAACAACUGAAUCAUCUUUCACAACGUCUACAUCAACUAUCACUUAUGUUCAAUGGCGUAUGUUAUCCUCGGAUGGACAUGUUUACUUUUUACAUCAAGAUGAUUUUAAGGCAUUGAAUAUUGACGAUCAUAUUGAUUAUUGUAAGCCUAUGAGCUCUAACGUACAGGAAACAAAUUCAUCUCACCAUAGGAAUGUGUCGUUUAAAGAAGCGUUUCAGGCACAUAAUUAUUUUGUCGCAGCCAGAUACAAAAGUAAAGAACGUUGUUUAUCUAAACGAGCGAAUAAUCGAUUCAAUUUGCCGAAAAACUUUAUAUUUUACCGUGUUCGUGCUCGUCCUUUGUUGAAUAGUAAUAGUAGUAGUAAUAACUGUGGCGGUGUUGGUGGUAUUCCUUCGUCACCUUCUCCAACUGGAAAUCUUAAUCGUCAGCAUCAUAAUAAUGGCAGCAAUAAAAAUUCUGUGAUUUGUGAUUCCCAUCCACUUAUUUUACCAGAUACAGAUGUUAAUAAAGAGUAAGUUUAUAAGUGACAUAUAUGUGAUUGACGGUGGUGGAGAGUAGAGGCGUUCCAAUCCGUUUGAGAUUUGUCCUCGAAGAGAAUAGGUCGGCGGGUGACGGUGGUAGAUAAUAAUCGAAGUAUUGUUGUAAUUAUUACUAAUUAUUAUUAUUAUUACAAAUAUUAUUCGCACUUUUAUUUUACUCUCCUUUGUUUUUCUCUCGUCAUUGUUGUCAUUGUUAUUAUUCUAACCUACUUGCAUACCUACCUACCUACCAUAUCAUGCCUUUCAUACAUUACAUAUAUCACUUCAUCAAUCAUAAUAAAUUUCCUUCACAAUCAAGCAAGAUAUACCAAGGGUAAAAUUAAUAGAAAAGUAAUACUCUUUAAAAUGACACACACACAUCUACAUCUAUCAUAAUAUUAAGUUACCCCUCGACUAAUAUUGAAUGAUGCAACUCAUUAUACUAUCCCAUAACCCACAAUUAUACAGAUGUAGUUGAACGAAAGAUCGUCUAUUAUCAUCAGUACUAGUUCUCAAUAAUACAUUGAGAGAAAAGAAUUGAAUGUCAUUAUUCACACUUCUGUUUCCUUAUUCUUCUACUUUGUCUCCCUUUUAAACUUUUAGGAUAGUUCAUUACUACCAUUGAACUAUGUUGUUGUAUAUGAAACACUUAGCCUUAACUAUUCUUUAUGAUUGUGUGAUCUCCUAUGUAUGCACUAAUAUUUGUUAAGCGCCUGUGUCUUUCUUUUCCCACUUUCUCCCCUAUAUUAAACCAUAUAUAUAAUACAUAUAUAUGUAUUCCUUGUUUAUGUAUGAGGUACCCCUUUCCUCUUAUUCAUCUGGUUCAAGAGGUUAUUUAUUCUGUGUUCUUUAAACGUCUAGAUGAUUUCCAUCAUAGAACCUACUUCUGUCUGUUGGUUUUCGAUUGUUAAAUCUAAUCACUUGUUUGAAAAGUUUUUUGGCUUUAUUACGCACACACCCUUACCAUUUAUUUACAUAUAUUUUCUAUACUGUGUUCUUGUUCUAUGUUUGUGUUUCAGAUGAACAAUUGUGUAUAAAGCUAUCCAGUUCUCUUAACGACAUUAGUAUUAUUAUUGCCACUGUCCAUAAUAAACAACAUUGAUCAUGUUGAUGGUAUUCGUGGUGGUAUUUCCUUCUGUCUCUUUCUUUCUAUCUACAUUUAACAUCAACUAUGGCAAGCAAAAGAAUUCCGCAUAGAUUUUUCUCAUCUCUUUCUUAGAUUUUCAACUUGACAUGUAUAAAUUAUUGAUUAUUGUUUGUGUUUGCUUUAAAUACUAUGUAGAUUCUUCCUGAUAUAUUUUUCGCUCCUCUCCACUUAUUGUCAUCACUUCAAAAUGGGUAAUAUAUGACCUAUCCAACUAUACCUAUACCUAUAUAUAUAUAUAUAUAUAUAUAUAAUUAUUUUUUACAGGCUUUUCUUUCUGAAAAUUAUUUCACAUCAUUUUCGUCUUGUAUUAUCUAAGACAAAUAAAAUCUUAUUAAACCUAUAAACUAAGCUAAUCCUAACUAAAUUGUUGAACAGUUACUGUUUUCUGACUAAACACAAACUAUAUACACUUUUUGUUUGUACUAAAAGAAUUGUCAUUAAUAUGAUCAUCAUCAUCAUCGUUCUUGUUAUUAUUGUCAAAACCUUUAUGCAUAUUAUGAUAACGUACGUACACAAUGAUAAAGCUUAACCGGUUUAUAUAUACAUAUAUAUAUGGUAUUUUCUGUAUACAGAUUACAAUUAAUCAUCUAUCGAUAUAGUUUGGUUUACUGUUCGAUUAUGUAAGAUGAAUAUUUGUAUUUGUAAUUUACUCUGUACUAUAUAAAAGACUGAUAAAGUUUGCCCAUUUUAGAUAUAACACAGAUGUGUAUUCAUGAUCAUUUCUGUCAUGGUCUAUGUUUUGACUUUCUUUUUUCUUUUUUUUCUUUUCUCUUUUUUUGCAAUUGUUAAUCUUCUUUUUUUCUUUUUCCUUUAUUUAUUCUCUUUCAUUUAUAUUCUUUAUAUAUAAACACUGAGAUGAUAUAAAACAAUGACAAUGAACAAUUACACAAUUAUUCUCAUUUCAUACAACAAUGAAAACAUAACAACCAUUAUUAUUCGUACUCAGAAAUAAUUUCUAUUAAAUUAAAAGGAUUUUCUAGUUAAUAACUUAUACAUAUAUAGAUAUUGAAAGUAGAAAUAGUUUAGGCUUUUUUCUUUUAAAAAAGAAAAAUACCUGUUACAUAAAUUGAAUAUUAAUGUGAACAGAUUGGGUUUUAGUCCAGUUAUCAUGGAAACAAAUUAGGUUUUACGUUUGUUCACUUGAUAUUCGCUAAUAUAACUCGUAACCGGAUCAUUUGGUUAGAUUUAAUAAACCAUUAGUUAUGUCACUGGUUGAAAUCAUGAGUCGAUUGAAGCUAGAUCACCAUGGAAAACCUGGAAGCACUGGACGGCCGUUUCGUCCUAGUAUGGGACUCCUCAGCAGUGCGCGUCCACGAUCCCGCCCCCCGUGACAUUCGAACCCAGGACCUGUCAGUCUCGUGCCAGGCGCGAAUAUGGAUCCGAUGCUUUAAGUCAAUCAAAUAUGUACACGUAAUUAGCUAAGAAACGAUUUACAUUUCUAGGGAAUGGCAUAUACGCUAUUAGUAUCAAUCUGAUUCUUCAAUAAAAAACUACCAUCUCCAUUAUAGAACAACUUCAUAUGAAUUUGAAAAUGACAGGUUUAUUUGUUUAAUUGUCUAUUGUUAUGAAUCUAAUCAAUUCUCUGAUUUUUCUCGGUAGUAUUCUGACUAGCUUGAAUUAUCCGACCUGUUUCUUUAUUGUGUUACCGAAAUCAUUCAAUUUAGAUGAUAAAACACGUUAUAAAUGAUCUCGUCACAAAUAUCUACAAUUGUUCUCAGUCCCACUCAUGUUGAUAGAAUUACUUGGUGGCUUAUGCGACACUCUACUUUCAUUAGUAGCAUAUCAACAGUUCGAAACUCCACUCUACCAAUUUUGAUUUCGGCAAUUAAUUAGCUCAAAAUAGAGUACAUAAAUAUCUACAUAUUAGAUGAGUUAUCUUCUAUUAAUAUAUAAAGGGUUUAAAGGUCUUUUCAGUUUUUUUCUCCAUAUCUUUAGGUAUAUAAAUGUUCACUUAUAUUCCUUGUUUUCUUUCUCAUACAGUCAUGCAGAAAAUUUAAGUGAAAUUACUCACAACUUAACCAUAAAUAUAAGUAUAUAUAAGUAGUCAAGGUUUAUAGGAAAACAGUUCCUUUUAAGGUUAAUUCUAGUCAGCUGAAAGUACAUGUUUUCCAAUGUUCCAAAUACUUAUUAUUAUGUUAUGUUAUGUUAUUUUUGUACAGACAUACGUAAUUAUAAAAUUGUUACUAAGACAACAAUCUUUGAUACAUGUUUUUAUCAAUUUACAAAACUAAACUGCUCUGAUAAAAACAGAAAAAAAGGUCAAAACGACCAUGAGUUUUUCGUCCCUGAAGUGAUCACAUUCACACACCGCUGAGGAGUACUAUACUAAUACAAAACAACUAUUUAAUGAUUCAUGGUUUUAAAUAAUAUACCCACCUAAUCAAUCCAUGACAAAUAUGAUCUAUAAAUUAAUAACUAAACCGAAUGUUUUUGUAUAGAAUUAAGUCGGUGAGAUAGUAACAGAAUUGUUGAAAUGUAUAAGGACAAAAUGAGUGAAUCAUAUCGAAGAGAAAGGAAUAUAUGUAUAUAAAGUUUAUCAAAUAGAUUUUCUAAUGGAAAUGAACAUUGUGUUAGGUCGUAGUUAGAACGGUAGAAUUCGAAUCUCCAUUUUGAAACACUACUCCAGUCCUUUUAAAUAGAGUAUUAAUCAUUCCUUAAAAUUUAGAAUCUGAUCCCUUUUGAUAAAGUAGUUUUAAUAAUGUAAUUUAUUUGCUUUCAUACUCUGGAAAGUCCUCAUGAAUUUACUUAGGAAAGUAAGUUUUAAUGCAUCUUGUUCCGCGUAAAUGGUCAGAUUAAUAAAGUGAUUCCUCUUUCAGUUUGCGUGUCACUAUUGAACACACACGAAGCAUUAGUUAUAGUUUGAUUCUGUUGACAAGUUGUUUGAACUGUUCUUUUUAAUUUAUAAAUUAACAUUCAAUAAGCGCAUUAUCUCUUA